AUGAAAACGAUGAUCCUUCCCAGCAGCUGCUGCUUCUGCAUGGAGCUGCUUUUAGCCUCUUUCUUGCCAGGCUGUUGGAGCACAGAAGUCUGCACGGGCACUGACAUGAAGUUGCUGCGUCCCUCCAGCCCAGAAAACCACUACGCCACCCUCAGCCGCCUCUACCAGAACUGCCAGGUGGUGCAGGGCAACCUGGAGAUCACCUACCUGGGGCCAGACGCUGACAUGUCCUUCCUCAAGGAUAUCAAGGAGGUCCAGGGCUACGUGCUGAUGGCGCAGAACCAAGUGAGCCGCGUGCAGCUGGAGAACCUCCGCAUCAUCCGGGGCACCCAGCUCUACGAGGAGAAAUACGCGCUGGCUGUUCUCGCCAACGCCGACCCCACCGGGACGGUGGGGCUGCAGGAGCUGGGCAUGAGGCAUCUGACAGAGAUCCUGAAGGGCGGGGUGCACAUCGAGGGCAACCCCCAGCUGUGUUUCCAGGAGACCAUCCUGUGGGGCGACAUCUUCCACAAACACAACGACCUGGCCCAGCACCAGCAGAUCAACAGCAGCAGGGAGAGGACGUGUGCUGACUGCCGACGCUUCUGUUCCCAAGGGCACUGCUGGGGGGAAGGGCCGCAGUACUGCCAGACACUGACCCAAAGCAUCUGCGACGGGUGCCCCAGGUGCAAGGGCACAAAGCCCACGGACUGCUGCCAUGAGCAGUGCGCAGCGGGCUGCACCGGGCCCAAGCACUCGGACUGCCUGGCCUGCCUGCACGUCAACCGCAGCGGGAUCUGCGAGCUGCACUGCCCGCCCCUCUUCAUCUACAACUCGGACAUCUUCCAGUCGGUGCCCAACCGGGACGGGCGCUACACCUUCGGAGCCAGCUGUGUCAGGAAGUGCCCCUACAAUUAUCUGGCCACGGAGGUGGGCUCCUGCACGCUGGUGUGUCCCCAGGACAACCAGGAGGUGAGCACGGACAGCGUGCAGAAGUGCGAGAAGUGCAGCAAGCCCUGCCCGGAAGGCUGCUACGGGCUGGGCGUGGAUUUCUUGAAGGGCGUCCGAGCCGUCAACGCCUCCAACAUCCAGCACUUUGCCCACUGCACCAAGAUCUUUGGCAGCCUGGCCUUCCUGCCCGAGACCUUCACGGGGGAUCCCGCCACCAACACUGCCCCCUUGGAGCCGGAGCAGCUCAAGAGCUUCAGGAGCCUGGAGGAGCUGACAGGCUUCUUAUACAUCGAGUCCUGGCCAGAGACCUUCCCAGACCUGAGCAUCUUCCAGAACCUCCGGAUCAUCCGAGGCAGAGUGCUUCACAACGGUGCCUACUCCCUGACGCUGCAGAACCUGUCCAUCGUCUCGCUGGGCCUGCGCUCCCUGCAGGAGAUCAGCAGCGGGAUGGUGCUGGUCCACCAGAACCCCAACCUCUGCUUCCUCCAGAAGGUGCCCUGGAAAGCCAUCUUCAGGAACCGGCGCCAGAUGCUGUUCCAGACUGACAACAAGCCGGUGAAGCAGUGUGAGAGCGAGGGUCUGGUGUGCUUCCGCCUCUGUGCCAAGGGGCAGUGCUGGGGGCCGGGCCCGAUGCAGUGCGUGGCCUGCGAGCAGUUCCUGCGCGGGCAGGAGUGCGUGGAGUCCUGCAACCUUCUGGACGGGGCCGUCCGGGAACACGUCAACGGGACCCGCUGCCUCUCCUGCCACCCCGAGUGCCUGCCCCAGAACGGCACGGAGACCUGCCAUGGAUCGGAGGCGGACCAGUGCGUGGCCUGCGCCCAUUACAGAGAUGCCCAGUACUGUGUGGAGAGGUGCCCGAGCGGGGUGAAGGCCGAUUCCUCCUUUGUGCCCAUCUGGAAGUAUCCGGAUGAACAUGGCGUCUGCCAGUUGUGCCCCUCCAACUGCAGCCACUCGUGCACGAUCCGGGAUGAAGACGGCUGCCCCAUGGAUCAGAAGCCGAGCCAGGUGACGUCCAUCAUAGCCGGCGUGGUUGGCGCCCUCCUGGCCCUGGUCUUGAUCCUGAUCAUCGUCGUGUGCAUCAAACGGAAGCGGCAGCAGGAGCGGAAGCACGCCAUGCGGCGCCUCCUGCAGGAGACCGAGCUGGUGGAGCCGCUGACGCCCAGCGGGGCCCUCCCCAAUCAAGCCCAGAUGCGGAUCCUGAAGGAGACCGAGCUGAAGAAAGUGAAAGUGUUGGGCUCCGGGGCCUUUGGCACCGUGUAUAAGGGCAUCUGGAUCCCCGACGGCGAGAGCGUGAAGAUCCCCGUGGCCAUUAAAGUCUUGAGAGAGAACACGUCGCCCAAGGCCAACAAGGAGAUCCUGGACGAGGCCUAUGUGAUGGCAGGCGUGGGCAGUCCCUACGUCUCCCGCCUUCUGGGCAUCUGCCUCACCUCCACGGUGCAGCUGGUCACCCAGCUCAUGCCCUACGGCUGCCUGCUGGACUACGUGCGGGAGAACAAGGACCGCAUCGGCUCCCAGGACCUGCUCAACUGGUGUGUGCAGAUCGCAAAGGGGAUGAGCUACCUGGAGGACGUGCGGCUGGUGCACCGGGACCUGGCUGCUCGCAACGUCCUGGUGAAAAGCCCCAACCACGUGAAAAUCACGGACUUCGGCCUGGCCCGGCUGCUGGACAUCGAUGAAACAGAGUACCACGCGGACGGGGGGAAGGUUCCCAUCAAGUGGAUGGCUCUGGAGUCCAUCCUGCGCAGGAGAUUCACGCACCAAAGCGACGUCUGGAGCUACGGAGUGACCGUCUGGGAGCUGAUGACCUUUGGUGCCAAGCCGUACGACGGGAUCCCGGCCCGAGAGAUCCCCGACCUACUGGAGAAGGGAGAGCGGCUGCCCCAGCCUCCCAUCUGCACCAUCGAUGUCUACAUGAUCAUGGUGAAAUGUUGGAUGAUCGACUCGGAGUGUCGCCCAAGGUUCCGGGAGCUGGUCACAGAGUUCUCCCGUAUGGCGAGGGACCCACAGCGCUUUGUGGUCAUCCAGAAUGACGACAUGAUGGGGCCGGCCAGUCCCAUAGACAGCACCUUCUACCGCGCCCUGCUGGAAGAGGAGGACAUGCAGGACUUGGUGGAUGCUGAGGAGUACCUGGUCCCUCACCAGGGUUUCUUCAAUGCAGACCCCUCCGCCAGCUACCGCAGCCGGAUCCCUUCCACCAGGAGCACGACAGAGACCCAGGUGGAUGCGGAGGAGGCAGCGGACUCGGCCCACUACCCGUACCUGGGCCAGGCUCUCUUGGAGCAGUCGGAGGGCCCCACUCCCGACACGUUUGACAGGGACUCCGUGGCGAGCAAAGCCCUUCAGAGCCCGCCCGCGCUGGAGGCCAGCACCCUCCAGCGGUACAGCGAGGACCCCACCAGCGUCUCAAGUGACAAGAACGAGGGGCCGGAAGCGGAGAGUCACAUCAGCCCGGCAUCCUGCAGCAUAGUUCCAGAGUACGUGAACCAGAUGGAGGAUUGCCUCUCGCCUAGCAAGCACCAAAGAUCCCAGGUGUCCACGCUCGAGAAGCCAAAGGGACACCUGGGAAAGAACGGGCUAAUCAAGGAACCAAAGAACCCUUUCCAAGGCAGCUUCACCAAUGCAGUGGAGAAUCCGGAGUACCUGACCCCACACAAGCUUUCCUUGGCGAGUGCUUUCACACAGGCCUUUGACAACCCUUACUACUGGAACCAGGACCCUUCCAAAGUCAACCCUGCCGAACCGGGCUCCACAACCAACGGCUUCACCACGACUCCGACUGCCGAGAAUCCAGAGUACCUCGGCCUCACCGCAUCCAUCACGCCGCCCAAGGACACAUCAGAUUAA